AUGAUGACCGAAGAGCACUCGGAUCUGGAGGCCCGGAUCAUCAAGGACAUUCACUGCAAGGAGAUAGACCUGGUGAACCGCGACCCCAAGAAUAUCAAUGAGGACAUUGUGAAGGUAGAUUUUGAAGAUGUGAUCGCAGAGCCCGAGGGCACCUACAGCUUCGAUGGUGUAUGGAAGGUGAGCUACACCACUUUCACCGUCUCCAAGUACUGGUGCUACCGCCUGCUGUCUACCCUGCUGGGUGUGCCACUGGCCCUAAUCUGGGGCUUCCUGUUCGCCUGCAUCUCCUUCUGCCACAUCUGGGCCGUGGUGCCCUGCAUUAAGAGCUACCUGAUCGAGAUCCAGUGCAUCAGCCACAUCUACUCACUGUGUAUCCGCACCUUCUGUAACCCGCUCUUUGCUGCGCUGGGCCAGGUCUGCAGCAACAUCAAGGUGGUGCUGCGGAGGGAAGGCUAAAGCCAGGCUGGGCUACGCGGGGGCGGCUGGGCAGGAGAAAUUAGGCCGGGUGAGCCCCGCGGCUCCACGCCACGUGGGCUGCAGGAGAGCUCAUUCUUUUGAGGGUCCUUUCAAUUUCACAUCAAGAUGGGAACGCAUGGGCAGGAGAGCCAAAAGGAAUAGACGACCACGUGCGGAAGCACAGACACCCUCGCUCUGCUCAGCCCGCCAUGAUCCCCUGUGAGCCUGCCUGAGGGCAGAUGGUUUAAGAGGCAGCUACCGCAAGGCUUUGCGUUCACUUGUACUGUAAUACCACAAACCAGAGCUAGUCCCCUAGAGGUUUGACACGGCUCCUCAUGCAAAAGAGAGCAAGCAGUGACUGCAGACAUGAGGAGGGUGCUGCAAUAAAGGGUUUCUGCUGCACCGGGGAAUACCAUGCUUUGCCUGUCUGUGACUUGGUCGUGUGUCCUUUUCUGGCUCUGA